AUGCCUUGGCCACCAUACAGAAAACCAACGCCCAAAAACAGAUGGUCCAUGUACCCCUCCCUCCACGACAGCGUAGCACGCCUCCUAGCAGAGCACAAUCUCCAUUUCGAAUUCCAUCCCAUCGACGACCCGAUCGGCUGUACCAAAGAAUACGACACCAACAUCAUGGGCAAAUUCAUAUGUCACAAACGUGCAUGCACCUCUAGUGGAUGGUCGAGUAAGAAGAUAGCGAUCACGAUACGCAUGUAUGCUGGGGGGAAAUACAAUGGGAGAGUAUAUUAUCAGCGAUGCAAGAGCUGUAAUACUCUCAGUCAACCCAUUCUGGAUGACUCGUAUGCGGAGAGGGUAGCUUAUCGGCUUAAGAAGUGGAGUGGAAUUGAGAUGGAUAAGCCGGUGUAUUCUGGAAAGAGCAAGGGCCCGCAUAAUGAGGAUUUGUGUGAGGGCUGUAAGGAUGGUCAUUGUAGUGCUCUUAAUGCUGCUUGGAUGGUGGAACAGAAAUAG